GAGCAGGUUGAAGAGUCAGUAGCAGUACUAUCUACCUAGCGACUCUAGGUAGUUUACAAACAUAUUUUUACGUCAUGGCUCAGCCAUUACGGAUAGGUGAAUUUUUGGACUUUAGUCCAAUAAAGCCAGAAGACACCACAACAUUAUUUUGUGACAAAGAAAACACGGGUUCGGUAGAACUACCAGUUUUGAGUCUAGUGCAGUUCUCGAGGGCACCGUUCGUGACAUUUGGAUCGGUAAAGAUAGGUUCUUCGAAAUCAGUCGUCCUACGAGUUGAGAAUCCGGAUUCUGACAAUGGAGCUACAGAAGUUACAGUGAAUAAGAUUGCAUCUGCAAAAGGGUUUUCCGUUGACAAAACAAUUUUUAACAUUCAGCCUGGAGAUGUAUUUGAUUUAACUAUAACAUGGACACCUGGAGAGGAAGGCGGAGUCAGAGAACUCAUCAUCUUUGUUGCCAAUGGCGUCGUUAAACAUCAAGCCGUUUUGCUCGGCAGAGCCAAUGCACCCAAGAAGAAAAAGAAGAGUCUGUGGGACUCGAUCAAAAACAAGAAGGCGUCCGGUCUCCCGGCGCCCUCCAGAGUUAAGAGCACUCCAGAAGCUUCUCUGAAGAGAAAGGCAGCCAACAAGACCUUUCAAGUGCCUCAAACUCCACAGUACAGGCGGGGGAGAGCUCGGAGCCCAUUCUCCUCUCUCAACGAUGUGGUCCCGGUUAGAGCCAGACCCCCGUCAGGGUUUGGCCCCGCCCACGACGACAUGGUGAAGUUGGAGCCGCAGAGAAUCUGCACCCUUGUCAGUAAGGGAACAUCUCAGCCUCCGGAUGAAGUGAACAGAGAUGGCGACCUUACGAACUCCCCCGGUGUUCACCUGGUGCCGAGGAUCAGGAUUAGUGAUACCACUGAAACGGCAGCUGUCCACCGUGGACCCGUCUUCCCGUCUGAACGCAGAGACAUGGCAAGAGUGCUCAACAAGACGCUAUCGCCUGUGGGCACACCAGAUAGACUGAAGAACCUGAUGCCUCACAUCGAGUCUAUGCAAAUCCCUGUCAGUGACGCUGUCAGUGCUUUACCAGAGGCUGGUAUCAGAGUUCCUACAGUAAAGGAUGCGUUGACGAUGAUCGACUCUGAUCUGACUGCAGCUGUUGACGGAAGCCCUCCCGACGCAUGCUCUAGCUUUGAUUUUUCGGACUCAUUAGAAUCAGGUAACGGAAUUGCAGGUUGCGGCUCUGAUGGAUUACCUGAUAGCCCCAGUGAAUCGGACGCUGCACAGCCGAGGCUAACCUUCUUCAUCAAGCCAAAAUUGGCAGUUGGUCAGGUUGAUGACCUAGUUGCUCCUAGAAUAGAGGCGGGAUGCAACGUUUUUCAAGCCAAGAAGGUUCUUUUUACCUCUGCUACCGUGGUCAAGAGCAGAGCAGCCCCGGUACUGGUAGAGAGACCCCAGGGGGAGAGGAAAAUCAAAACCUCAAGACGAAGACUUCUGGAGAAAACAUUGGAGAUCACAGAUGGGGGGAGCAGCUCUGACUCAAGUCCAGGCACCCCGGGCCUUCCUGUCAUCGAUUCGAACAGUAGUUCAGACGGACAACACAAUAAUGUCAGCAUCACCAGCUCCUCGCCGGAGGCCAUGGACCCAGUAGCUGUCAGCCUGACUCCUUUAAAUGAUCCAGUCUCAUUCUCUCUCAGCCCUCCUCUGCUCAGGGUACCAGUCACCCCUCAACACCACAAUAAUAACCAGCUGGCUCAAGGAGCACCUUUGUCCGGGUUCGCUUCAGCACAGCUUCCUGUUCAUCAGGAUCUGUUUCCUGUCCGCUGCCAGAGCCGGUUCGAUGUGGUGACACGGGGCAAAAAAAGGAAAAGCGAUGAGUUUCUGAAGGAUGUUGAGAAAGUGGAGGAUACAGGAAAAAUGGGGCAGGAGAAACGAAGCAGGAAGUCGACUACGGUGAAAAGUCAAGAUGUGAGGAAGAGUGUUGCUCAGAAACAGCCCAGACCAGCAGCCUCUCUGCGAUCCAGUUUCUCUUCUUCGUUGGUAGGAGCCAGGUCUGUGACGCCUGCUCCAAGCAGACGGCAAAGUUCCAGAGCUACCUUUCAGAGUACUUCUCUGAAGUCAUUUGGUGCUUCAUCUGUCAGGAAGGCAAAGGUUGUAGCUGUGGCCCAGUCCACACUGACCUUUUUUAAGCCUGCACAAACAGCCAUACCAAGGCACCCCAUGCCGUUUGCGGCUAAGAAUAUGUUCUACGAUGAGAGGUGGAUUGAGAAGCAAGAAAGCGGAUUCACCUGGUGGAUGAACUAUGUACUCACUCCAGAUGACUUCAAGGUCAACACCGAGGUCACUAAAGUGAAUGCCCUCUCUCUGGCGAUGGGCAGCGAUGAGAGGUUUAGUGUGCCCAAGGCCCCCACCAAAGAGGAGAUGUCCUUCAGCACGUACACGGCCCGCCGCCGUCUGAACCGUCUUCGUCGCUCCGCCUGUCAGCUCUUCACGUCGGAGGUGAUGAUCAAAGCUAUCCAGAGGUUGGAGCUGGAAGUGGAGGCCAAGAGGCUACUGGUGCGCACUGACCGUCACCUCUGGAAGGAUAUAGGGGAACGUCAGAAAGUCCUAAACUGGCUUCUCUCCUACAACCCUCUCUGGCUCCGGAUUGGACUGGAGACGAUCUAUGGAGAGAUGAUUCCGCUGGAGAGUAACAGUGACAUCAUGGGCCUGGCCAUGUUCAUCUUGAGACGCCUCCUCUGGAAUCCAGACAUUGCUGCACAGUUCAGACACGCUAAAGUCCCCAAUCUUUACAAAGAUGGGCACGAGGAGGCCUUGUCCCGGUUCACUCUGAAGAAGCUGCUUCUGCUGGUCUGCUUUCUGGACAAGGCUAAGGAGUCCAGGAUGAUCGAGCACGACCCCUGUUUGUUCUGCAAGGAUGCAGAGUUCAAAACGAGCAAGGAUCUACUCCUGGCCUUCUCCAGGGACUUCCUGAGUGGGGAGGGAAUCCUACCCCGACACAUGGGGUACCUGGGCUUCCCCGUCUCACACGCGCAGACCCCCCUGGACGAAUUCAACUUUUCCGUCAAGAACUUGGCAACCGACUUGAAAUGUGGAAUCCGGCUAGUACGAGUGAUGGAGCUGUUCACUCAGGAUUGGAGUCUGUCCCAGAAGUUGAGGAUGCCUGCUAUCAGCCGCCUGCAGAAGGUCCACAACGUAGACAUAGCCCUGAAUGUGUUGAAAGCCAAAGGCGUCGACCUGAAGGAUAAUGAUGUUGUCAUUAGUUCCAGAGAUGUUGUGGAUGGACACCGGGAGAAAACGCUGAGCCUUCUGUGGAAGAUCAUGUUUGCUUUCCAGGUGGAGGUGCUUCUGGAUGAGGAGAAACUUAUGGAGGAGAUCGGUUUUCUGAAACGCGCCUGGAGUGUCAAGCAGAAACUGGCGUCAUUGAAGGCUGACAAGGUUGUAGAGCAGACCGUUUCCAAAGCUGGUUCACCGUUCAAGCACAGCAGCCAGAAGAUCACUUUACUGAUGGACUGGGUCAAUGCUGUCUGCCACUUCUACAACUUAAAGGUGGAGAACUUUUCGGUGUCGUUUUCGGAUGGUCGGGCGCUUUGCUACCUUAUCCACCACUAUCAUCCCAGCCAGCUGCCCCUGGAGAGGGUCUCUCAGAACACCACUCAGACCGUCGAGUGUUCUUCACAAGGCCGCCUAGAGCUCAACUGCUCAUCCAGCGACUCAGACAAUUCUUUUGACACCUGGCCCACAACGCAGAAAGUCCCAGACUCGCCCGUGUUGGAAUUUAAAGAACUUCUGGAUAAUGAGAAGAGUAACUUCCGAUUGGUCAACGCUGCAGUGUCUUUCCUUGGGGGGGUUCCAGCAAUGAUCAACCCAGCUGACAUGUCCAACACCAUACCCAAUGAGAAGGUGGUGAUGUCCUACCUGUCGUUCCUGUGCACCCGUCUCCUGGACCUCAGGAACGAAACGAGAGCGGCCCGCGUCAUUCAGGGCGCUUGGAGAAAACACAAACUGAGGAAGGAUCUGGAAACAUACCAGGAAAGAAACGUAGCGGCAGCAAAGAUUCAGGCGCACGUACGAAACUUCCUCAAGAGACGGAGGGCGAGGAAACAGAGCCGAGCUGCCGUGAGGCUUCAGGCGGCCUGGAGAGGCUACGCCGCCCGGAACACGGCAACGCUGAUAAGGAAGGCAAACCUCUGGGCGCUCCAGACUGCCUCGGCCACAGCUAUUCAAGCAGAAUGGAGGAAAUAUAUCGCCAGGAAAAACUACCAGUCUUUAAGAUCACAGGUGAUCGUGCUGCAGGCCUGUUGGCGGAUGAAGAGAGCGGUUUCUGACUACAGAAUGAUGCAGUGGGCAGUGACAGUGAUCCAGAAACACACGAGGGCUCGGAUCACCGGAAAAAAGGACCGCGAAAACUAUCUCUCACUGAGAACGGCAGCCAUCAAAAUCCAGAGAAGUUACCGGAACUGGACGGGACGAAAGUUCCAGAUUAAAAACCACGCCGCCUCUGUGAUACAAGCCGCUUAUCGGAAAUGGCGCGGCGCCAAAACAGCCCAAAGAAACACUGCCGCCUUGAAGAUUCAGUCUUGGUUCAGAAUGCACACCUGUCAUCAUCGCUACGUGUCCGUCAGACUGAGUGCUGUUCUCAUUCAGACCUGGUACAGAGGCCAACAGCAGAGGUGCCUCCUCCAGGUGUUGAAACGGAAACACCACGCGGCCACCAUCAUCCAGAGUGCGUUCAAGGCUAGCGUGGUCAGGAGACGGCUGGAACGGACGAGACGGGCCGCGGUCGUCAUCCAGCGCAGGUUCAGGGCCUCGCUGCUCAGAGACGCGGAGAAACGGAAGUUUCUGGAGAUGAAGUGUGCGGCCGUAACAAUACAGGCGAUGUAUCGCGGGUACGUUGCACGAAGGACGAUGAAGGCGAGGAAUCGAGCGGCAACUGUGAUCCAAGCAAACUUCCGGAAGUUGAUAGCCCAUCAGAGAUUCACCGUUUUAAAAAGAUCAGUGGUUGCUAUCCAGCAGCAAUAUAGAGCCAAGUUGUUGGGAACUAAAUCAAGAAAGAGUUACGAGGAGCUCAGAUGUUCCGUACUGAAAAUACAAGCUGUCUGGCGAGGGAGGGUCGAAAGGAAGAGAAUUGAGCAACUUCAUAAGUGUGCCACCAUACUUCAAGCUAAUUACCGUAGGCAUGCCGUGCAGUCACGUUUUAGGGCAAGAAAGGAGGCUGCAUUGCUGAUACAACGUCAGUUCAGAGCUCUCCAAGCAGGAAGGGAAGGUAAAGCAGAGUACCUUCUGGUUAAGAAAGCUGUCAUCUCUCUCCAGGCGGGACUCCGUGGUAUGAAAGUAAGAACAGAACUGAAGAGAGAACACCAGGCAGCUACACUCAUUCAAUCAUCGGUGAGAGCCUUUAUUUGUAAGAGGCGUUAUUUGCUGCUGCAGAGUGCAGCUAUAAUCCUUCAGAGUCGCUAUAGAGCUCACUUGGCGUGCAAGUCGCAACAUCGGCAGUACCGUCGGCUGAAGCAAGCCACCCUGAAGCUCCAGGCGGCUUAUCGAGGAUCCAGAGUCAGAAGAGACCUGAGCACGAGGCAUAGAGCCGCAACUGUCCUCCAGGCUCACUUCAGGAUGUACAAGGUGCGGGUUUCUUACCUCGCCACAAAGUGUGCCGCCAUCAUCGUCCAGGAGCGCUACAGGGCCAACAGGCUUCGAGACCACCAUGCGUGGCUGUACGGAAGGAUGAAGUGUGCCGCUGUGAAGAUCCAGUCAGCCUACCGUGGCCACAGGAUCAGGACGGCGGUUGCCGAGAUGAACACGAAGGCCGUUGUCAUCCAGAGGUGGUUCCUCGCUCGCAUGGAAAGGAAACGCUUCCUUGCAGUCAGGGCGGCAGCUGUACUCUGUCAGCAGAGAUACAGAGCCGUUGCCAUUGGACAGAAAGAACGAAAGGAGUAUCUUUUGAAGCGAAGGGCUGCAAUCACUCUUCAGGCAGCUUACAGGGGGAGGAUAGACCGGCAGAGGUUGCAGACUGAAUGCAUGGCUGCCAUAACUAUUCAAUCACACGUACGAAUGCACCUGGUUAGGACACGUUACAAGAGGAUGCUGUGGGCUGUGAGCACAGUGCAAGUCAGAUACAGAGCCAACAAACUAGUGGAAAGGGAAAUGCUUUCUCUGAAUGCAAAGAAAAAAGCGAUAAUUGUCUUACAGUCUGCAUUCCGUGGAAUAAUAACCAGACGUGCUGUAAAAUGGUUGCACGAAUCUGCCAGAGUCAUCCAAUCAUGCUAUAAGGCCCAUGUGGAGCACAAGCGGUAUCUUGCGUUGAGGUCUUCUGCUCUUGUCAUCCAGCGACAAUACAGGGCCACCCUGGCAGCUAGACUUCAGAGGCAACACUACCUGAACACGCUGCAUGCUGCAGUCCUCCUGCAGGCUAUAUACAGAGGUCAGCUUGCUAGGAGAGAGAUCAGGUGUCAGCAUCAAGCUGCGACCACGAUCCAGGCUGCUUUCAGAAGACACCGAGCACAGGUCAAGUUCCAGGCCAUGCGAUUGUCUGCCCUCAUCCUCCAGAGACACUUCAGGUUGUGUGUUCAAGGGAGGCUAGACAGGGACAGGUUCCUGAAGCUUCGAGGUUCUGCCGUUUUCAUCCAGGCAGCUUUCAGAGGGCUACAUGUCCGACGUCAAGUCUCCAAGAUGCAUCGAGCUGCUACUGUCAUUCAGGCCAACUACAGGAUGAAGAAGCAGCGGGAUGCUUUCAGAAGGCAGCUCUGGGCAGUCACCAUCCUUCAGCAGAGGUUCAGAGCUCAGAGUCUGAGGCACGUGCAGGUGGAGAAAUAUCUGCAGAUCAGAAGUGCUGUGACUUGCAUUCAGGCGUCAUUCAGGGGGAUGCAAGCCAGGCGCCAGGUGACACAGGCGAAAGCAGCCAGGAAGAUCCAGGCCUUCCUUCAAAUGAGCGUCAGGCGUCGACGGUUCCUAAAGGAACGAGCCGCGUCCGUGGUGAUUCAGUCAGCCUUCAGAAGACACCGGGCCAGAGCACGUUACACCGCCAUCCAGGCGUCUGUCGUCACGGUCCAGAGAUGGUACAGGUCUUGCAGGCUGGGCCGCAAAGUCCGUCUGGAAUACAUGGCAGUCAGACGAGCAGCGGUGACCCUCCAGGCAGCGGUCCGCGGGACACUUGCCCGACGGCUGGCCAAACGCGAACGGGCAGCCGUUAAGGUCCAGUCGGUGCUGCACAUGGUCGUGCAGAGGAGUCGGUAUUUGAAGUUGAGGUCCAGUGCAGUGACGUUGCAGUCCCACUGCAGGAGGUGGGCGGAACGGCGGAGGUUUCAGCGCUAUCGACAAGCAACCCUGACUCUUCAGAGGAGCUACAGAGGACUGCGAGCGCAGAGAGAGCAGCGAUUAGUGUACCUGAAGACCUUGAGAGAUGUACAGAAACUCCAAGCCAGAGUGCGCGGUCACAUUGCUUUCAGACGGUAUCAGAGAAUCAAGAAAAGCGCCGUCACCAUUCAGGCCUUUUACCGUGGGAUGGUAGAUAGGCAGAGACUCCGACAACGAAGGACCUCGGUUGCUCUCAUACAGGAGCACUACAGGGCCCACAUUCUCCGCCAGAGAGAGCGAGCAAAGUAUCUUGCCGUGAAGCGGUCGGCUGUUCUUAUACAGUCUUGGUUUAGGGGGAAGCAAGCCAGAAGCAAGCUUGUGGAGACGCGGGCUGCAGUUGCAACGGUCCAUAGAUGUAUACAAACCAAUCUCCUUCGCAAAAGGUUCCUGACGGUUCGACACAGUGCCCUGGUCCUUCAGCGCAGAUGGAGGGAGACCGUUAAGGCCCAAGAAGACCGUCACAAAUUCUUGAGAAAAAAGGCUUCAGCUGUCACCAUCCAGGCAGCAUGGAGAGGCCACAGAGAAAGACAAAGCCAGCUCGUGGUCCAGAAGGCUGCUCUGUGUAUCCAGUCGGUGUAUCGCGGCUGGAUCCAGAGAAGGGCGUACCAGAGGCAGAGAGAAGCCGCGAUCGUCCUACAGACGAGGUUCAGGGCCGCACAGCUGGCCAGUAGAGAGAGGGAGGACUUUUCCCGAGUGAGACAAUCCACCUUGACUCUGCAGAGACGCUGGCGUAGCUGUAUGGCCAACCGACGGGUGCUGGCGACAGCAGCAGCAGGUAGGAGGCUCCGCUUCUCUGCAGCUGUGUUUCAUCACCUCUGUGCCGUCAGGAUCCAGAAAGCCCUCAAGGCUCACUGGGCUCUGCAGUCAGCCAGGAGACAGAUCCACUCAGUUGUCCUCAUACAGCGGUGGGUACGAGCCGGGCAGCAGCGGAGGCUGUUCCUGGAGGAGAGGAGGAAGGUGGUGACGGCUCAGAGAGUGGCCAGGAGGUGGUUAGCCCGCCGCCAUCGAGCCGCCCGCGUCCUGCAGCAGCACGCCAGGAAGUUCCUGCUGCUGAGACGACAGCAGAGGGUGGAGCGAGGGAUCAUCAAGGCCCAGGCGUUGUGGCGAGGACACGCCUCCAGGAAGCUUCACGACCACCACAGAGUUGUGGCCGUGAGGCAUCGCCUCAGGAUCGUUUCAGAUGGCGCGCAGGAGGAAGACCGGCUGUGUCACAAGACCUCCACGGCUAUCGACCACCUGCUUCAAUACAAACACUUCUCCUACAUCCUGACAGCACUGAAAAACCUGGAGUUGGCGACCAGGCUGUCUCCAGAGUGCUGUGAGAUGCUGGUGGAGAGUGGAGCCACCCUGGUCAUCUUCACCCUCAUCAGGAGCUGCAACAGGAGUGUUCCCUGUAUGGAGGUCAUCUCCUACGCCAUCCAGGUCCUCCUCAACCUCUCCAAGUACCAUAAGACCGUUGAGGCUGUUUACGCGGUGGAGAACUCAGUAAACACCCUGCUGGACCUGCUCCAGAUCUACCGUGAGAAGGCUGGAGACAAGGUGGCAGAGAAGGGAGGCAGCAUCUUCACCAAGGCCUGUUUCCUCUUGGCCCUGCUUCUGCAGGACCCACGCAGAGCCCUGGAGGUGAAGAAGCUGCCCAAGGCUUUGGAACGGAUUCAAAGUAUCUACUCACUCACGGCACGAAAACACAAGAUGGAUGCUCGGAGAGAGAAGCAGAAAAUGAACGCUUCCAGGAACUGCAGUUUACUCAACACAACAACAACUCAAAAACACAAACCAGUGCCCAAAUUUGCUCCCGACUGGGUUCUUAGAAAGGACAAGCUGAAGGAUGUUGUUGACCCACUUCGAGCUAUUCAGAUGGUAGCAGACGCUUUUGCAACAGUGGCAUGAUUGUUUUUUUUAUAUACUGGGAUAAAUGUGUUUUUACUGUCUUUUAUUUUACUUUUGAGGGGGGGGGCGGAUACAAUGCCAAGUUUUUAUUGAAAUUAAAACAUUUGGUGUACAUAUA